GUCGUAUUUAACUCUUUGAUGCUGAACAAAGUUUGAGAUUUUACUGCAGUAUUUUCUAUAAUACUGUAUAUUUGUAUUCCUAUAGUUGUUCAGAAAACCCAACAGGUUAAUGAACUAGCAGUGAUGUAAAUCAGCGUGUGUGUGUGUGUAGAUGCAAUGAGUCAGACCUUAAAGACGUACAAGACUAUAGGAUGUCUGAGACUGGGAUGCACCUUCUCAGAUGAUUGGACUGUUUUUGCCAUGGAAACAGUCCCCUGGCAACCACUUGGGGUGCUAAUUAUAUUUGUAGUACUCCAUACUCCAUGGUCUCCAUCACACAUACACUUCCUCACCUUCUCUUUAACCCAGAUGCUCUCUCUCUCUCCCUCUCUUUCUGCUGCAUAUCUUACCCCGUGCAUAUGUUCUCUGGCGUCUGAUCCUGUGUGCAUGUGAGUCAGCUGCAUCCACGGCACCUGGGAAAUUACCUCCAGUCUCCAAAGAGGAAGUGGCUUUGCUGACAUUGAAAACACCUUGUGGGGCUUCUUCUGAAGGCGAUCCAGGUUAAAAAUCUCUACGGGCGUGUACGAGAGGAGAGGGAGGUCAACAUGGGCUCCAGCUCCUCCUCCUAUGCCCCCAAAACCAUUUACCUGGACGUGGGCGGGAAGGUGCAAAAGGUGGUCUUCAGCCGACACUGCAGUCCAUGUGACAUCAAGGAGCUUCUGUGUUCCUCCUCCAACAUUCCCAGGAACACUGCCAUAAUGAUGGUGGAUCCAGAAGGUGCUUUGGUCUCCAUUGAUCCCACCAUGCCCACCAACUCUCCAAACUCCCUGUACAAAGUUGUUCCGAUGUCCACCGGUCAACUCGGAGAGAAGGAGGACAUGUUCCAGAACGUGGUGUCCCAGGGCGCUGAGCCGUUCAGCCGAGCCUUUCGGAUUAACGAGCUGAAGACUGAGAUCACCAACAGGCUAGCCAUGCUGGAGAAGAGAGUAGAGCUGGAGGGUCUGAAGGUGGUAGAGAUCGAGAAGUGCAAAAAUGAUCUGAAGAAGCUCCGGGAUGAGAUGGCAUCAAAAGGAGGUGGAAGAGUUAACUGUCCGUGCAAAUACAACUACUCAGACGACGGGAAGAAGGUCACCCCCCGACGUGAUGUUCCCAAUUAUCCAAAGUACACGCUGUCGCAGGAGACUGUGGAGGCCCUGAAGAAGCCGACGUUCGACGUGUGGCACUGGGAACAUAAUGAAAUGCUGAGCUGUCUGGAGUACAUGUACCACGACUUGGGACUGGUGAAGGAGUUCAGCAUGAACCCCAUCACACUCAAACGCUGGCUGCUGGCGAUUCAGGAGAAUUACCGUAACAACCCAUUCCACAACUUCCGUCACUGUUUCUGCGUUAGCCAAAUGAUGUACGGCAUGAUUCACCUCUGCAACCUUCAGGAGAAGCUGACUCUCACAGAUAUGGGCAUUUUGAUGACAGCUGCAGUGUGUCACGACCUGGACCAUCCUGGUUACAACAACACGUACCAAAUCAAUGCACGCACAGAGCUAGCGGUGCGCUACAAUGACAUCUCUCCCCUGGAGAACCAUCACUGUGCCGUGGCCUUCCAGAUCCUGUCACUUCCUGAGUGUAACAUAUUUGCAAACGUGGAUUCAGAGUCUUUCAAACAAAUCCGACAGGCAAUUAUCACCCUGAUCCUGGCCACUGACAUGGCCCGACAUGGAGAGAUACUGGACUCCUUCAAGCAGAAAGUGGACAACUUUGACUUUACAAAUGAAGAGCAUGUGACUUGUCUGAAGAUGGUUCUGAUCAAAUGCUGUGAUAUUUCCAACGAGGUGAGGCCAACUGAGGUGGCUGAGCCGUGGGUGGACUGUCUCCUGGAGGAGUACUUCAUGCAGAGUGACAGAGAGAAGUCCGAGGGUCUCCCCGUCGCCCCCUUCAUGGACAGAGACAAAGUCACCAAACCCACUGCUCAGAUCGGUUUCAUUAAAUUUGUCCUUAUUCCAAUGUUUGAAACUGUCAUGAAGCUUUUUCCUCAGAUUGAGGAAAUCAUGGUUCAGCCUCUGAGAGACUCUCGUGAUCACUAUGAGGAGCUGAAACAGAUUGACGACGCCAUGACAGAGGGCUCCUCUUUCGUGAUCAAAUUCAAAGACUUUAAAAAGACUUGAGGCGGCCCUCAGUGAAGACAUUCUGGGCUGCGUUCUGGAGGUGACAGACGCAGCAGGAGGAGUUGACGAGAGACAGACUGCUUGGCUACACACUGAACUAAACUUAGGCACCAAAGUGGCAUAUCUUGAACUUUGACUUAGACUUUUGCACUGGAUGUUACAGAGAGGCACCUGCUGACCUCGCUGCAUAUUUAUGGUGUUGAUGUUGUUCUAACUCUGUUCAUAGCGCCUCAAGAGUUUCAACCACCAGUUUCUUGAAAAUCCACUUGAGAUCAAUUUUAAUUCCAUGUAAGGAAAAAAAAAAAACAACAACAGUAACAACAGCGGCUGCAGAAUUGACCACAGACUGACACCAAAGGUCUGGGAGGAAAGUUCCCAACGACUACAAAUGCACCAACGUAGGUUGUGUUGACCAAACUGCAGCAAAACGUCAUAACUGGCAGGGUGCACUGAAAGAUUUUCCAAAGAAAAAUGCAGCGUCUCACCUGCUUUUUGGAUCACACAUUUACUUACAAAAUGUGUAGCUUUAGAGAAAAAAAAAAUCUAAAAGUCACAUUAUAGUGUGGUGGUUGUACAUUAUCCAAGAUGUUACACUGUUUGUCCAAUAAAAAAAAGGUUUUAAUAUCACAAUACUUUAGGAGUGAGAGGCGUGUUUGUUAUUCCUUCACACAUAUUAGAGUGCAUUAUAACUUUAUAUGUUUGUAUAGACACAGUUUAGAAGAGAACUCAGAGGUAACGAAUCAGUGAAAAGAGAAUGGAAGGUCAGACAGUGAAGACAGCAACAGAGAUGUUGACUGGUGGUGGAGCUGAGGAUCUGGAGGCUUCUGUGGGAGUGACCAGGAUGGAUAGGAUCCAGGAUCAGUAACUGUGUACUUUCUUGUCAGGAGAAACUACAUUUGUACUUGUUCAUUUCAGACAGAUACUGCAGUAGUAUUAGUAGGAAACACAGUUCAGGACCCCCACCUGCUGAAAUGACUUGUUUUGCAGACAUUCCAGGCGAAUUCACCCUCUCAAUCCAUCAUUAUUUUACAAGCACACAUUUUCCACUUUGGCCUUUACAAUACAGCCAACAUGUGUUGAAAUAUAUCAGGUUUCGUAAUUACAUACCACCCAGAGGUGGUACUUAUCUCACCUCACCCCCUCUCUCUUCCCACACCUCCCCUUGAGUCAUAUCAGAUAAGGGUGAGGAUUUUUUGGGUGGUUUUCCUCCAGCUCCACCACAGAGAUUUAUUACUGUUUUUAGAAACAUGUUGCCAAUUAAUCCUGAGUGGUUGUUGCUUCAGCAGCUGUCCUCAUCUCACACUCACACUUACCACCAACGUCGCUCUUAGGAGAAUUUAUACAAUGAUAUACAGUUGUUUUAAUCCAGACAUUUUAACUAUCACUGAAGAAAUAAUGGUUUUAGCUAAAAAAUAAAAGAUUUGAAUUGAAAAGCAAUAACAUAACAACAAUAACAAAAUUGUAUUAUCAGAGCUAACGCUGCAGUAUAUAAAUAUUAUG